UGGGAGAAGAGAAUCAGAGCAGUCGCUGCUGCCGUCACCAUGGUGAAAUUUCUGAAACAAAACAAGGCUGUUAUCGUUCUCCAGGGACGAUACGCCGGUCGCAAAGCCGUCAUUGUUAAAUCUUUCGACGAUGGCACACGUGACCGCCCCUAUGGCCACUGUUUGGUUGCAGGGAUAAAGAAGUAUCCGAGCAAGGUUAUCCGCAAGGACUCAGCCAAGAAAACAGCCAAUAAAUCACGCGUCAAGUGCUUCGUCAAGCUCGUCAAUUACCAGCACCUGAUGCCUACGCGCUACACCCUCGACGUGGACUUGAAAGAUGUGGUCACCGUCGAUGCUCUCCUGACGAAGGACAAAAAGGUGGCCGCUUGUAAGGCAACUAAGGCGAGGUUCGAAGAGAGGUUCAAGACUGGAAAAAACAGGUGGUUUUUUACGAAGCUCAGGUUCUAAACAUUUUAUUGGAACAAUAUGUUUAAUGUUAUGUAUUUUUUUUGAAUUUUUUUAAUCUAAGGACGGUUUUGAAACUGUUUCGAUGAGAUAUUUAAGGGUUCUUAUUUUUGUUAUAUCAUGGUACGUGAUUUGCUCGUUUCUUCAAGAAA